UAUGUUAGUUUAAAUAAUAUUAAUGAGGGUUGGGACGAUAUAAUAACCGAGAAGGAUAUAUUUGAAGAUAAUGAUAAUAUAUUAGAAUUAGAUAGUAAUUUUGAUAAUGAAUCUGUAAUUUCUAUGGAAACUAAUAUUACCAAUGAAAUAAAAUUAUUUGAAAUUUCUGAACCAACAAAGUCAACUAAAUUUACUACUUGUUAG